AUGCCUCCGGCGCCCUCGUAUCCCUCUCCCAACGCGGCGCAGAUGAGCCAAGGCACCAUGCAGUACUACAACCGUCAGCUCACCGCCGAUGAGCUUCUCUCCGCAGAGCUGUCGCGAGAGACUGCGGGCGCCAAUCUGGGUGACAGCUCGAGUAACGGCCUCCAUCACGGGCAGCCCAUGGUGCUGGGCCCGUCCAACCCGGGAGCUUCUGAGAUGGGUCGCGCGUCUUCUGCCGAACAACAACACGGCAACAUGAUUCCUUUCCCUCCCAAUCAGCAGGUUGGCGUCGAUCCCAAUCACGACCUGAGCUAUGGCGACCAGAGUGCCCGUCGUAAGCGGUCCAAGGUGUCCCGGGCCUGCGACGAGUGUAGACGCAAGAAGGUUCGCUGCGAUGCCACCUCGGAAUCCGGUGUCGAGACCUGCUCCAACUGUCGCCGUCUCGGUGUCGCUUGUCAAUUCAGUCGCGUCCCCAUGAAGCGCGGUCCUAGCAAAGGAUACAUCAAGGAGUUAGCGGAACGGUUGAAUACGUUGGAGUCUCAAAUGCAGCCGUCGAUGGCGCAUCACGAGAUGCAGUAUCAGCCCAUGAACGAUGUCUCCUCCCCGCGGGGCUACCACGAUUUCUCUCCUCCCAUGGAUGGCAGCUUGCUAGGUCGGAAACGGACUUAUUCGAUGUCUGAGGGGCUCCAUGGCUCGGCUUUCCCCCAGCCCACUUUUGCUCCUCGUGUGCAACAAGCCUCUGUCGGGGAAACUGCCACUACAAACCCGGAGUCCUACAACCUGUUUAACAUGAAUCUUCCUACGAACAAGAUUUCACACCCGUUCUGGACUGCUUCUCAGCAGGAGCAAGGCGAGGCGACAGGUGAGAACGCAGAGCCAGAAGUGGGUGCAGUGUCUCAGCCAGCUCGUGAAGACACCGUCCCUGUCCAAGUGGAUGAGGGCGCUUUGAAUGCCUACUAUCAAAAGAUCCAUCCGAUUAUUCCGAUUCUCCCUAAUUCGAAGGACCGUUUCCUAGAAAUCUUGCACCAGUGUAGCCGGUCCCUCCAGGAAGUGUUUCUGCAUAGUUUCUAUGCCGUUACUCACACCAACUUCGGACGUGUCGAGAGCUCGUUCCAGAACGUCUCGUCGAUGAACGAUGCACAAGACUUGCUUUAUGCCCAUCUUCGAGAGGCUUCAGCGCUGCGAUCCACGGCCGUCAACUUUAUCUGGCUGCAGACUCUGCAACUCAUGGUGAUGGAUUGUGACGCGCGGGGUCCCGACAACUUGCGUGGUAAGAAUGGCCUGCCAAAGUCUUUUUUGACUGAAUCACUGGCAAGGUUGGCCUACGAUAUUGCACACCACUUCGGCCAGGUUAAGAACCGGAACCUCGAUCCACAUGAAGUGGACUCUGAUGCCAACCUUGCCCGACGCGGAUGGGUUGUUUCCAGCAUUCUCUGCCGUUGGCACAACGCAGGGAUGGGAGAGCGGGAUACCAUGGGUGGUGUCUGGCAUGAGAUCGGCGUGCCUUCGGAUCUGAAGCUCCUAGGCUUAGCACCGACGCAGCUCGCAGCUUAUUCGACCAUUCUUCCCCCCGUCAUGGAGCUGAUUUUGACAGAAGAGGAAUACGCCAACCCGGGUAUUAAACGUCUUUUCAAGGCCGUGCUCAUCAGCCAGCUCAACCGGGCUCUUGAUGUCGAGCGUGCCCAUACAGAGAGUGACGAAGCCAACGUUCCAGAAGGUUACCUUCAGGCACUAGGCCCCCAAGUCUACUGGACUCUCAACCUCCUGAUGUCUCGUCACUUGUAUGUCUUUACGCCGUACGAAGUGCUCCAUUCAGCGGAGGCGGUUGUCAAGGAAAUGCACAAAGAUGUUUCCAAUCGUCUUUCGUCCCCUAUCGACAUGCACUCUUUGGUCUUAGCCACCUUGACCCUUCUGGAGGGCUCCCAGUUACCACUCUUCUCUAGCUUCUGCUGGGAAGUGCUGGCGAAGGUCGAGGAGAUCCUCGAUCGUCGUGAGAAAGCCACCGCCGAGGCCGGCGAAUUUGAGAAUCUGUUUGCUACUCCCGCUUGGGACAGCUGCCUCCGUUCGUGGAUAGCAGACAAACGUCCUCACGAUCAGACGGGAGCUAGUCAGAUCUCUACGGCGAAUGCGAAUGCGGAUGCGAAUGCGAAUGCCAAUACCAAUGUCAACACCAAUACCAAUACCAAUACUAAUGCCAAUGCCAAUACCAAUACCAAUGCUAAUGCGAAUACCAAUGCAAAUACAAAUGCUAAUGCGAAUGCGAAUGCGAACUCCGGCAGCAGUGCUCCGCCACCCAUCGUGGGACCCAACGAACAGCGUUCGCUGCAACACUUGGCUGACCUUGCUGUCGGAGCCGAAGGUGCGGCGGCGGCAAAUGCUUCUUCACCACCUGCUACUACUGCUGGCGGUGAGGGAUCAGCAGCUGGUGGUACUACGGCUUCUGCAAUCGCUUCCCUGCAGUCUCAGCUUCAGGCAUAUGUCGAUUUUAGUCUCGCAAUCAAGAGGGGAUACUUGAAGGUCAUUGCAAGGGGGCCCGGCAAGCGUUGA